UCGUGGUAGGUGUUAGCGUGAAAGGUCUACCCAGAGUGGGUGAAAACUAAGAACGUGUACUGCUGUUGCAGUCAAAUACUUUUCUUCUUUUCCUUCUGAUUUAGUUGGAGCUGGGACGAAACUGGUUAUAGUUUUGUGUAAGUCUUAUACCCAGUUUGGAGGGUAAACACAUACAAAUUGACAACACUGAUAAAGAAUUGAAGAGCGCAAAACGCCGCAAAGAAUGCCGUAGUCCCCUCGGAUAAGUACUGAUUAGAGGUCGGGUUUACGAUUGUUGUGAUGAAAGUGCCCAGCGUCUAUGGGUAGUACAAGUGGUGUGCGGAUUUAGCACAGGAAAUGGGAAGUUUGAUGACACAAGCGACUUCGCAAACAUCGAGAUGGCGUCAAUCUUCUAAACUUUUUUAAUCAUACAACAAUGGCACGUGGACAUCAGAAAGCUCAGUCCCAAGCAAAAAAUUUGGCAAAGCAAGCAGCUAUGAAGUCAAAACAGGGCCAUAAUGCUAAUGAGCAGAAGAAAGCUGCUCUUAAAGCACUAACAUUCCAGUGCCCUGUGUGUAGGGGUAUGAUGCCUGAUCCCAAGACCUAUAAACAACAUUUUGAAAAUAAGCAUCCUAAGGACCCACUUCCAGAAGAACUGAAGGACUUGUGAUGCUGCUCUGAAAAUGAUGAGCCAUGGUGGACACCUGUGCAUGACUGUGGGGCUCCAGGGACUCAAGCUCUGGUAGAUUUUGUGAAUAGAAAAUGAUAAGAGAUUUCAACCCUCAUUUUUAUGAAUUGCCCGUUUUCUUUAUGCCACCAGUGAAACAUGGAACAAUGUUUAAAAAAUUCAUAUGGUAUCCAUAAAAUGUAUUGUGAAUGAUAUGGAUGCUUCAUUGACAAGAUUCAUGGAAUGUGUUAGAUGAAUGAUGUAUGAGUAUGUCAAAUAAAAAGCAGUCUGUUGCACAUUUGACAUAAAGGGCACAAUUCACAGUUCCAGAUUAUUUCUUUUAUGAUAGUAGAAUAAAAAGUACUGUAGAGUACAGUAUUCUCUUUUAUCAAAAAUAAAGAAAUUUUAUAAGAAAGUUAUUUUAAAUGAAAUGCAUUAUAACAUCCUGUGAAUAUUCCUGAUAAAUCUAAAUUACAGAAAGCGAUAUUUGAUAGUCUGUGAUAAUCAACCAAAUGUAACUUGGCCAUCUGGAUGUCCCACUUUGGUGCAAACAUAAAACCUGGCAAUUCUCUUGCGGUCUUUCCCUCCCCUCAUCCUUUCCUUCCCCAAUCCAUCCCUUUACAGAGGAAUGUACUGUAGUAGCUUGUGUUAGCUAAUAAUCUGGAAGCUUGUCAUUAUUUUCCUAGAAUUUCCUUUCUAAGUGAAGGUUUUACAAAAACAUUUUCUUCAAGAAAAAAAAAAAAGUUUUAUUUCUGUUUGUUGUAUAAGGAAAGUUUGAAAGUUCCCUUUACAAAAAGUCUUGUUAUAGUAUAUAUUGGUGUGUUGAUAAUUGAUUUAAUUUGCUUAAUUUGUAUCUUGGACAGUGAUCAGCAGAUCUUUGCAGCUUUCACAUAUCAUUUAUUGUUUUUAUAUGUCAUAUCAUUCAUUACACUGCUUCUUGUGCCACUAUCUGAAAUGAGACAGGAUUAUUUGUUGUCUGUGAAUAAUUGAUGUUCAUUUUAUGAUUUUUCCAGAGAAGUUUCAUUACCUCAUUAAGUUAUGAAUCAUUCAGAUUAAUAAAUAAUGAGAAAGCUGUUUUUUUUUUUUCAGUACUUUUUAGGCUAAAUUUAAUUUAAACAAAGGGAAAAAACUUUGUAGUUAGGGAAUCCUUAAUAGUCAGGAUAACUUUAUAUAUCACAUCUUGUUGUGUCAUCCUACACCAAGGGAAACAUUAUUAUUAGCUCAACAUUUUAUUAUAUUUUAUAUAUACAAGCCAUGUUCAGCGUGGAAAUAAUAAGUGUUACCACUUGUAAA